AUGCGCGAAUGGGUCACUGUUCAGGACGCUCCAUCGACCCCUCCGACCGACACGGCCGCCCAUGUCGAAGAGGAAGCAGCAUAUGGUGUGCCCGCAUCGAUUCAACCCGUCAGAAAGCCCCAGACCGACUCCGCAAACAACGAUCAGAAACGUACCGAUCCCUUCCAAUUCGGCACACGCUACCUCGAAGAAGGCGACAACAUCUUCGCCCACAAUGCCUGGGACCACGUCGAGACCGACGACACAUACAAGGAGUUCAUCAAGUCCCAAGAAGAAUUCCAGAGAUCUGCUCCCGUGACCGAUUUCGACAAGAAGCGCUUCAACCAACAUCCUGAGAAGUGGUGGGAUAAAUUCUACAGCAACAACCGCGCAAAUUUCUUCAAGGAUCGCAAAUGGCUGGCUCAGGAGUUCCCUGUCUUGGGAGAAAUUACAAAGGAGGACUACGGCGCUGCGACCAUGUUGGAGGUUGGUGCAGGUGCAGGAAACACGGCAUACCCUGUCUUGAACUUGAACAAGAACCCGCUGUUGAAGAUCCACGCUUGCGAUUACUCAAAGAAGGCUAUCGAGAUUAUCCGUACACAAGAGGCAUACCAGAACCAGACCACUCUGCAGGCAGAUGUCUGGGAUGCAGCAGGAACUGGAGAACAGGCUCUUCCUCCUGGUCUGGAAGCUGGCAGUGUUGAUGUGGUUGUCAUGAUUUUCAUCUUCUCAGCACUGUCACCGAGACAAUGGGCACAGGCCGUGAAGAACGUGUGGAAUGUCCUCAAGCCUGGUGGUCUUGUUCUGUUCCGCGACUACGGCCGUGGUGACUUGGCCCAGGUCCGCUUCAAGAAGGGUCGCUACCUGGAGGAGAACUUCUACAUCCGUGGAGAUGGCACUCGUGUCUACUUCUUCGAGAGAGACGAACUUGCAGACAUUUGGUCUGGCAAGCUUCCCGCAAACAGUUUCCAGAUUGACGCCUCUGAACAGAAGGGCGAUGAAGAUGAACUGGCCGAAAGGCUGCAGACUACCGAAAUCUCAGAAGACAACAAGAUGCCCGCAUUUGAGAUUACGAACCUCGGAGUUGACAACAGAAUGCUUGUCAACAGACAGAGAAAGCUGAAGAUGUAUCGCUGCUGGAUGCAAGGCCGUUUCCAAAAGCCUGCCACUGCGAGCUGA